GAACAACGGUCGCAAGGCGGAAAUCUAGACGGCUUGACGGAUAUGGAAGAGCUCAAGGGCCUUAUGACCUCAAGGCAGCCUCGUGGUGACGGGGCAAAGUGGUUGUACUAGCUCUCCUCCAUAGUUCUUAAGCGCUUCAUUAUGGGGGCAAAAUGAAUACAUUAAUCAACUGCGAUCCUCCUCUACGCCUCACCUCUACACUUCUCCCCCAGCUUUAUCUUUGAUACUACACCUAUCUUCAAAAAAUAGCCUUGUUGUCAUGCCUAACGUUCGCAACGUUGUUCGUCGAUCUCGUCGACUAUCACAUCAGUCACCGAUUGCAGCUGAAGAUUAUGUUUAUGAAGAUUCCCACUUUGCUCAGUCGGGCUAUUCAAGCGUUAGGACCGUUGGCAUCCCUUCGGUUUAUGCUACCCCCCCAUCUGCUGUUGAAACUACAACCUCCCACAUCUCCCCAUCACUAUCCCCUGUCCUAUCCCACUUGCUGUCGUUCCCCAAUCGUACAUCACACUCCCGUAAAAAAGAGGAAGGCCACAUACCCCGCCCUCCCAACGCCUUCAUAGUGUUUCGCUCUUGCCUCUGGAGUAAUGAAGAUUUUAGAAGCCUAGAAUCCGACCAUCGCAACGUUUCGCGCAUAGCCGGCGAGAGAUGGCGUAACUUAUCUGACAACGAGAAGGAACCUUUCGUGCAGAUGGCGAAAGAGGCUAAAGCACUGCACGCAAAGAUGUAUCCCAACUACAAAUACUCUCCCUCUCAUCGCACCAUCGGGGGACCGAAGCGGAAGGGGAGACGCAACAGCGAUGAGGAAAGGACCAAGUGCGACAUGAUUGCUACCCUCCUGCAGAAAGGCGUCGAGGGUUCUGCAUUGGCGCACGCAAUGGCACAUGUUAAAUCUGAAGAUGAAGACGAGAUCGUACCGACACCCAUCAUCCCUCCACAAGCCCCCAUAGUCAUCCCAAGGGCUCUUCCUCCUGUCCAAUCGCGUGAACAUCGCAGAAAGAAGGUAGCUGAUCGUCCUCGAACUACCCGUCCAACCACCACGCAACGUCGCACUGCAGGCCCUGACCUCGCCAGCACGAGUACUUGUCCAUUCCCAGUUGCCUCUCCUUCCCAGGAGGCUGGACAUACUCCAGGGAAAUUCAUCGGUUCUCCCGAACUACUGUAUCCAGUCGAUGUGAUGGAGGAUUUCGUUCCUACUGAUGAAAUCCCGCCUCUAAAUCUCGAUGCUUUAUGUGAUAUGAAGGUUGCGGAACAGGAAACAUCUAGCAUCUUCUACCAAGGCAUGAAGCCAGCUGCAGGGCUCGCCUACUUCGGUGCUGAGCUUGAUGUCAUGCCUUUCGACUCCUACUUCCUCGGCGCCGACCUGCAGCUACCCCCGACUCCUCCCCUUAUCGAAAACAAUGAGUCUCCCCUGAGUGACUAUACAUGUCCGCUUUCGACGCCCCCUCGGUCUCCAAUUGUCUUUACCAACCCUUGGACUACUUUCCUCACGCCUUGUUCGCCGGACAACGAGUUCGACAAGUACUUCGUACAGCCAAUCGCUGCUGUGCCGUCUUCGCUUCCGUCCCCGUACAGCCCGUUCAAGGACGACGACAUAUCCAGGUUCAUGCCCGAGGGAAUUGAUUCCAUUACUAAAGACAUUCAUCCCGAGGUUAAUCUCGAUGACUGGAUUCACUUCAACCAGUUUUAAAAGUCUCAGACACACCCUCUCGCUCUAUGCUCAUACAGUUUCAUCAUUCAAGGAAUAUACCACACAUGCUCACGACAUUGACGAUCUUUUUUUCCAUUUUACCCUCAUCUCGCACUUCUGCAUACCCAGCAAGCACAUAUCGCAACUCUUGUCACA